CGUGACGCCGCGGGCCGAUUAAUUUUUCCAUUCAAUCUGUGUACGCCGGGAGGUGCCGGCCGGGGCGGAACCCCUCGCGCGGGGGCGACGAGGCGGGGCGGGCCGGCGGUAAGGCGGGUAGUGGCGGCGCUCCCGCUUCCCCCCGUCAGGUCGCCAUGGCCCCCCCCGGGCUCCGCCGCCCCGAUAACGCGCGGCCCUUCCCUUUCUAGGUGCUGCUGCUGCUGCGAGCCGGCGGGGCGAGCAUGGGGCCGGCGGAGCCGGUGCAGAAGAUCAGCAUCAGCGCCGAGAGCCCCCGCGGGAGCGAGAGGAACGGCGGCGGCUCGGCGCUGGCGGGCGCUGAGGGGGCCGCUCCCGGCGGCUGGAGGCACAAAUGCGCGGCCUAUGUGCUGGCCCUGCGGCCGUGGAGCUUCAGCGCCUCGCUGACCCCCGUGGCGCUGGGCAGCGCGCUCGCCUACCGCGCCGAGGGAGCGCUGGACCCGGGGCUGCUCCUGGGGAGCGCCGUGACCGUCCUGGCCGUGCACGGCGCCGGCAACCUGGUGAACACCUACUACGACUUCUCCAAGGGCAUCGAUCACAAGAAGAGCGAUGACAGGACGUUGGUGGACCAGAUUUUGGAGCCGCAGGACGUGGUGCGGUUUGGGGUGUUCCUGUACACCGUGGGCUGUAUCUGCGCUGCCGGGCUCUACGCUGUCUCCACCCUCAAGCUGGAGCACCUGGCGCUGAUUUACUUCGGAGGGCUUUCUAGCUCCUUCCUUUAUACCGGGGGGAUUGGAUUUAAGUACGUUGCCCUGGGGGACGUGGUGAUCCUGAUCACCUUCGGGCCGCUGGCCGUCAUGUUCGCCCACGCGGUGCAGGUGGGGUACCUGUCGGUGUCCCCCCUGCUCUACGCCGUGCCCCUGGCCCUCAGCACCGAGGCCAUCCUGCACAGCAACAACACGCGCGACAUGGAGUCGGACCGGCAGGCGGGCAUCGUCACCCUGGCCAUCCUCAUCGGCCCCACCUUCUCCUACAUCCUCUACACCGUCCUGCUCUUCCUGCCCUACCUGAUCUUCUGUGUGCUGGCCACACGCUACACCAUCAGCAUGGCCCUGCCCCUGCUCACCAUCCCCAUGGCCUUCUCGCUGGAGAGACAGUUCCGCAGCCGCAGCUUCAACAAAAUCCCUCAGCGGACAGCCAAGCUCAACCUCCUCCUGGGGCUCUUCUAUGUGUUUGGCAUCACACUGGCACCAGCUGGGGCUCUGCCCAAGCUGUGACACCACCUGUAGAGCCAGGCCUCACGAUCCAGUAUUCAUGCCAGUUAAUUUGGGGUUUUGGGGGGUAAAUGACCCGUUAUGGACAGUGGGGAGGACGGAAAGACUGUCUCACACUGUUCGUUGUGAAUGUUAUCAUCUCUAGUCCUGGUCAGCUUGUACAGCAGACUGUAAAAAACUGAUUUGUCAGUUCUUCAAAAGGGAUGAACUGUGUGGCUUUGCCUCAGGGGGAGCAAGGUGACAUGAGGUGCAGGAAUGUUUAAAAAACCUUAUCCUUCUGCCACUGAAUUUUUUCACUGUCAGCUCAAUGAAAGCUGGAGCCUCAAGUCAAACUCUCUGUUCACUUCACAAGCACAGUGAUUGCUCUUAUCACUUCUUUUCUUACCAUGGUCAGGGAGUCCAGUGGCUCCUUUGUGGUCAAGAGAAAACACUGCCAAAUGUUGAGCAUCAUAACAACACAGGUGCUAUUACUUCACUCUCUUGUCAACAUAGUUCAUCUGUUGUAUGUUUUAAUUUUUUUUGUUUUUCCUAGCCAAAUAUUGAGCUUUCAUUUCCAAGCCCCCUGAAAUGCACUAGAUUCAUUAGCUGUUGCUUGUUCCUUAUAGUCUAGAAAUGUCAUAGUUGCAAAUCUCUGUGGAACUUGGUGCUAAAAUGGAGCAUGAUUAGGCCACUGCACAAAUUUUGAGCCAAAACCAGUGAAUCUGUGUUCUACCACAAAAGCUGAAGCUGCAAAUGCAAACCAUGCAACUGGAAAGCCCUCAAUGGGUAGAAAAACGAGUGGUUUCCAUUUUUGCAUUUGCUUAGAAAUGGCAGUUUUGGAGUUAAAGGGGAGCUGUCUCUGAAUGGCUGUGGAUUAGUGGAUACCUGGGUGGAAGAACAAAUUUUUGGUUUAAAAAAGGUGUGGAGUUUUUUUUUUUCAUUUGUUUUUCUUGGUUUAUUUAGAUGCCCAGAGUAUGUCUUACUCUAAGAAGCCCAGUUUAGCAAAGGAGAAAUAUACAGGGUUAGAAAAUUAGGA